AACGGAGUGGGCUCGUUUCCGGUCUGAAGGAUUUGCAAAGCAGAAGUCACUCGAAAGGGAUCAGCUAGCUUGCUAGCAGCCGAAACCUCUUUAGAUGUGGGAAUUCCCGCAAAAGGGGCGACUUUGAACAUCGCUAACACAUCGAGGUGGUAACUAGCUGAGGGGCUGUCAAGCUAGUGCUCACCAGAGUCAUACGAGUAUUGGAGUUUAAAUCCCAGCUGUUGCCAUGGCAAUCCUGUUUGCUGUGGUGGCUCGUGGAACCACUAUUCUGGCCAAGCAUGCCUGGUGUGGUGGAAACUUCCUGGAAGUCACCGAACAGAUUUUAGCCAAAAUUCCCUCAGAGAACAACAAACUGACCUACAGCCACGGCAGCUAUCUCUUUCAUUACAUCUGCCAUGACAGAAUCAUAUACCUGUGCAUCACUGACGAUGACUUUGAGAGGUCACGAGCAUUCAGCUUCCUCAGUGAGGUCAAGAAGCGCUUUCAGACGACAUACGGGUCACGAGCACAGACAGCAUUGCCGUACGCCAUGAACAGCGAGUUUUCCUCUACACUGUCAGCUCAGAUGAAACACCACUCGGACCCGCGGGGAUCAGAUCGUGUCACUGAGACCCAGACGCAAGUGGACGACCUGAAAGGCAUUAUGGUCCGCAACAUAGACUUGGUAGCACAGAGAGGAGAGAAACUGGAGUUACUGAUUGACAAAACAGAAAAUCUGGUUGAUUCGUCCGUGACAUUUAAGACCACGAGUCGUAAUCUUGCGCGAGCCAUGUGUAUGAAGAACCUCAAGUUGACUGUUGUUAUUGUGCUGGUGUGCCUGGUGGUCCUUUACAUUAUUGUGUCUGCUGCCUGUGGAGGCCUCAGCUGGCCAACAUGUGUCAAAUGAGAGGAGAGAGGGGAUAACGGAGGGGGAAAUAAAAGAAAAAGGGACGAGGGGGAGAAGUGCUUGUUCAACUCUGCAUACUAAUGGACACAAAAGGAAAUACAGCGUUUCUUACUCUACACCUCUUGCUUCAACAUCGCUGGAAGACACAUGCUGCUUCUCCUCCUCCUGCCUCCAUCCUCGCGCCCCCCCCCCCCCCCCCCCCCCCCCCACACACACACACACACACACACACUUUGAGAGUCUGCACAUUUAUUUGCCUUUUGGACCAGGAGUCCCACCUCAACCUCCCCCACUAAUGGACAGCAGCCAUGAUGAGGCCUAAAACUGAUGUGGAACAAUAAUCUUGUCUUAUGUUAGUCUGGUACAUUCUUUCUGUGUCUCAUGCACUUAGUGGCCUGAUGUAUCAGUUGGUGAUACUGUCCUGCACCUCUCCAUGUAAGCGAUCCUUUCAGACUGACAGCAGGAGUCACAAAUAUAGCAGAGUUGAAUUUGUUUUUGUCCUGCUUUUACAUUACACGUCGGGAAGUACAAGUGUAGGUAGCAUCCAUGUUGUGUUGCAGAUCCAAGGGACUCGUACCAUGUAGCGUCUGGUCCUCUGUUAUAUAACCGAAAACUAAUUUUUGACAGAACUGAUGCAGUAUACAGAUUUUCUGAGCUACACCACAUUUUAUCAUCAAGCACAGUAGUAUCGUCUAAAAUGGAUAUUGUAAAAUACCAGAUGUGAUCAUACAAAUAAAUAUUGUACAAUAUGUUGAUUGAUAUUACGGAUGCAUAAUGGUUCUUUUAAAACAAUUUCUGAGAAAAUCUUUCCUGCCUGUGGACUCGAUACAAGGCUUCUCUUCCUCUAUCCUAGGAUGUUCAGUGUUGCCAUUAUUUCUUUCUGUUAACACAAUGCACUUUUUAUAUUGUACAUAGAUUUGCUUCUUGGCAUCAUACGGCUUAUGAUCAUGUAAUUAUUAAAUUAUUGUACAUCCAGAUUUAAAUGAAUAAAAUAUGAUGGUAUCAAGUA